AUGGCUCAAGAGACGGAGGAGACUGAAGUUGCACCGUUGAUCACGGAGAUUAACAGCGAGGUAAGUAGACUUACUGCAUUUCACCCUGCUCUUCUGUCACAUCUAUCCAAGACAUGUACAGUUUUUUGUAUUUACUUAAAUUAUGGAAUUAUUUAGGCGAAACUGUGAUAAUUAGGGUUUGCCAUGACCGCUGAGUGCUCAGUCUCUCGUUGCAGCUGAGACAUGGGAGUUGAGCUUGAGCCUUCAACGAAAAAAACAAAGGGCAGUUGUUGGAUUCUCGAAAGCUCUCAGGCAUAUUUAGCCUGAUCUUGAGAUAAGGGCUCUCCUUCACCAUCGGACCUGAGAUUGUGGUUAUGCAUUAUCAGUUUUGACUGUUCAGUCAUUUGGCGUCGAUUUCUAUUGUCAGCAGUGUCCUACUUAACCAACGGCGGUAGAUAAGUUGAUCUGGUCGCUAUAGGUCGACGCCAUUGCAAUCGGCUGUAGUUCCUGCUCAUUGCAGAAGGAAUGGAUUCUUCGUAUUCGCCUUCGCUGCGUAAAAAUAUUAUCAGAAGUACCCCUGGGGAUGACGUAGAAUAGUUAGACAACAAACGAUGAGUUCUUCGAUCGACCAUAUUGUUACUCCCACGGAAAUGUUUGGCUUUUGCGGCAAGACCAGUCUUUUUCAUAUGUUAUCGGUCCGACUGUAGGUUGGUUGGUGUUCUCGUCGGUCUAUGACUUCUCUCGCAAAGGUGGUUCCGAAACCAUGGCGUAUGUGGAAUCCUUCAGGAGGAUCCAUGUGUUUUGGUACCUGACACAAAAUCCGUGGGGUUCUAGCUGAACACCAGUCACCGAUAGACUCACCUCCGUCUUGACUAGCUGCUAAAGCGGUUCUGCAGAGUCUCGACCGGCUAUUAAUUAUUAAUUUUUUUCCAAUGACCGACACAUUCUGCGAAAUACGUGUCUGAACUUGCCGCUCAUUCCCAUUCUGGUGCCAUGGUGAAUCAGUCGGUGGAUACGGAUUUCAAAUGUCUUAUUGACAGAACCGAGGAUUCUGGUCCUAACACCUCUGGCCUACUUACUGUUAUUAGUCAGUGGAGUACCAACUCCAGGUUGCACGUUCUAUAUUCUAACCAUAUUUUACCACCACGAGGACCCCAUAUAACUGCGGUAAGUAGUCAUGUCAUAGCAGAUGAGACUAAAAACAUUCAGGCAAACCGCAGUGGUGGGCACCAGUUCAACCUAACUGCAGGUGUGAUUUCUCUUCUGGGUUGGUGCUUAUGAAUUACAAACUGUGCAAGUGAUUGGCAAUCAAUUAUCGUGAGGUUUCUCCAACAAGACGGGAAAAUUUUGAUUGCGUUUUCGACCCAUGUACAUAAAAGUGUGCGGAGAUUCUAAGUUUGAGUUUGCAGUCUCAUGUAUCAUUCACAGACGAAAAGAGGCGAGUACAUUGACCAAUGUCAAUGUGCUGGAAGCCACUUCGCUUCUAUCAUCAAAGUGGUGAAAUGACCUUAAUUUCCCUGGCUCCUCUCUCUCUGACUCUCUGUAUAACUGUCCCCGAAGCAUGAAAAUUUGGCUUGUCCGUUUCUUGCUCGCUAAUUUUGAACGGCCCAUGACAUGGCGCAUAAAUUCUAUGCUGUUCGCUAAUUCCGCAUGCAUGUUUUGUCUUCGUCUAUGGACUAGGUUUAAAAGACAUAGUCGUGUAUGAAAGUUAAAUAGGCUUUUUUGUUGACUACUUGACCCUCAGUUGAUUCCCUCGCCCGCAGGCACCGAGAUGCCAGUACGUUAUUCGACAGGGGCGGAUGAUAAGCCAGUCUCUUUUAUUUUUGUCAGUAAUCACUCUGUUCGGUGAGGGUCCACUACCAUUGUAUAUUUCCGAUCGAAACCGACAGGACAGCGGGCUCUUGGCCCAGUGGUUAGAGGCGUCGGACUUCUAACUAACAGGUCGCGAGUUCGAACCCCGGGGGUUCCACACUUCGGGGUUAAGUAUGACUGCCUGACGACGGCUAAUAAGCCAGAAGUGGUCAUUUCAGUCCUCCUUGUCUUUGUAGGUUAUAACAUAUUGCAUGUAUGCCCAUGUCUGCCCAAGAAGGUUUAUGGACGAUAUGCUUGGGUUAGGGGAGUUCUUUGGGUGUGACCUGGUUAGAGGCGUGGACUUCUAGCUAACAGGUCGCAAGUUCCAGCCUCGGGUGUUCCACACUUCGGGGUUGGAUAUGACUGGCUUCGACGGCUAAGAAGCCAGAAAUGGCCAUUCCAGUCUCCCUUACCUUUUUCGGUAAUACCACUCUGCCUAAAUCAUGCGCCGCUAUGCGGCAGCUGUUGGGCUCGAACGAGAGCCCGUAAUGCACAACGGAACUAGUGAGUUCUGAAAGAACGAUCUAUGAGCGUCCCCUAUUAUAUAUAUAUGUAAAUAUCCCUGACAACCAGCUGGGACCAAAAUCACAAAUUUGCUCACAGACACACCUGGCAAACCUGAUCCACCACCGGGGUCUACCAGAUGGGUCACAAGCCCUUCCUCGAACUGAAGUCAAUCAGCACUUCGCCACCUGCUCUUCUCUGUCGUUGCAGAUCAGGUAUUUACUCACUCAGGAGAAGUCAUACAUCGAUCUGUUGGCUUCUCUAAGUAAGCAAACGUUGUAUGUCUGUUAGGGGCACGAAGAGGCCACCACCUACCAAGCAUAGUCCGCAAAACUAUGAUUCCUAUAUUAAUUUCGGGAAACAAAUGUAUCAGUGUGCGCAAAUCCCUGAAUGAAUAAAUACACGAUCUUCAUCGACGGAGGAGGGCAGGUAGCGAGCCACCGUUGAGCCUCGGUUCGAUGAAGUGCUUAUGACCCAUAACACGGUCGUGGAAAUUGUUCCACCAACCUUCCAGCACGAAUACUAGAAUAUAAGCAGGCAGUAGCACUUUCCCUUACCACCAUGACUAGAAACUACUCAGGUCUGGAGUUCAGAGAGGAGAUUCUUUUUAUGUCUUCGGUAUUCGAGUAAUGGAUUCAAAAUGCUAAAUAUAAAUGCGCUAGUGAAAUCUCCAAUUUAACUUAUAUAUUCGCAUUUAUAUAUAUUAUCAUAUUGCAGGAGGAUAUGGAAGAACUCAAGAAGGUCAGCAAUGAGCGUCUGGUGAUUGUAGAUUUUUUUGCAACCUGGUGCGGUCCAUGCAAAUCGGUCAAGGCCGCCUACGAGAAGCUGGCUGAGGAGGAGACCUCGGUUACUUUUGCCAAAUUGGAUAUCGAUGUGUACGAGGCACGUUUGUAG